UCGCUCUCCCCUUCCCACCGCCUGCCUCAGAAAGCGCGGAACGGAGGACUGGGAGAGGGAGGAUCCCGUGCCAGUUUUUCGGUGAGCGUCUCGCCGCCCAGCUUAGCUCCCCCUUCUGGGUAAGGAAGGGAAGCGGCCGAACAUGGCGGUUAUUCCAGCUACGGCGGCGGCGGCGGCGGCGGCUUCCGAGCAGCAAAGCUCGAAUGGCCCUGUGAAGAAAUCAAUGCGUGAAAAGGCUGUGGAACGCAGAAAUAUUAACAAAGAGCACAACAGUAACUUCAAGGCUGGAUACAUACCGAUUGAUGAAGAUCGUCUACACAAAACUGGUUUGCGAGGCAGAAAAGGCAAUUUGGCUAUUUGUGUGCUGGUCCUCCUUUUCAUUUUGGCUGUCAUUAAUUUAAUUAUCACAUUCAUUAUUUGGGCUGUGAUUCGUAUUGGGCCCAAUGGCUGUGAUAGCAUGGAAUUUCAUGAUAGCGGAUUAUUGCGAUUUAAACAAGAUUCUGAUAUGGGAAUUAUACAUCCAUUGUAUAAGAGCACAGUGGGAGGUCGGCGGAAUGAAGAUUUGGUGAUUGUUGGAGAAAAUCAGCCAAUUGUAUUUCAGCAGGGGGAAACAAAACUUAGUGUGGAGAAAAAUAAAACUUCAAUUACUAGUGAUAUUGGAAUGGAAUUUGUUGACCCACGGACUCAAAACACUUUGUUUAGCACUGACUAUAAUACCCAUGAGUUUCAUUUGCCAAGUGGAGUAAAAAUUUUGAAUGUCCAAAAAGCAUCUACAGAGAGGAUUACAAGCAAUGCCACUAGUGAUCUAAAUAUAAAGGUUGAUGGACAUGCUAUUGUCCGUGGAAAUGAAGGAGUGUUCAUUAUGGGCAAAACUAUCAAGUUUUACAUGGGACGCAACUUGGAACUGAAAGCAGACAACUCCAUUAUCCUAAAUGGAAGUGUGAUGAUCAGUGUAUCCCGACUGCCGAAUUCUUCUCACAAGGAACAAUUUAGCAACGGCGACUGGGAACGUUACAAACUUUGCAUGUGUUCUGAUGGGACAUUAUUCCGUGUUCCAGUUAAGAGUCGUAAUAUGGGUUGUCAAACCUCCAUCAACCCAUGUGGUAAUAUAUAUUAAAGGCAACGCUGGGUACUAUGGCAAGACAAGACACUAUAUUUAACUUCAAGCCACUGCAUGUUUGCAAGGAUGUUUUUAAUUAUUUGUAGAAAUACUAAGUGAAGCACUUCUUACACACAGAACUCUACAUGUAGCACUGUUGAUUAUGCCAAUCACGUUUAAGGUACGUUCCUUGCUGUGUAGAACUGCACUUCAGUAAAGCAAUUAAACAGAAAGAUUGCUGCAGAAGUGCUUCAGGGUAUUGUUGAAUUGAAAUUACCAAAUAAGCCUGUGUAUGCUUCAAAAAUAAUUUGGAAGAAUUGUUUUGGACUUUGCCAAAGGCAGCAUCCUUCGUUAACAUGGCCCCUAGAACGGUUGCCAAAGGCCUGCCGUAACAUUAAUACGUAAUUCAGUUUUGCUUCUGGUACUUGUACCUUUGAAAAUGUGUACAUUUCUCAAAUGUUAUGUUUAGGACUUUAUUUGGUCAUCAUUUCACUACAUUCAGGCAGCUGUUUUCUGAAAUUUAUAUGCAUUGAAUUCCCUGUUCUAAUAUUGGCGGGGGAAUUCAGGUUGAAGCCCACACAUCUUAAAGUUACCAAGGUUGAUAAACACUGCUCUAAUAUAUGUUGGACUAUGUAGACUUAAGAAGUGGAGGAAGGGUAAUCAUUACGAUGAUAGAAACACAGAGCCUACAUCUAUGCUCAAGCAGCUACGGGUUGUUGGCCUAUUUAUUCCCUUUUGCUACCAAGUUGAAAAACCAAGUUUUUUCUGAGUAGCACUGCUUUGAAUAAUUUGGGUUCGGCAAAGCUUAUAAUAAGAUUAUUAGGCUAUGCUUCUGCCCAAAUAGGCUGUUGGUUCAUUUUGGAAAAUAUCCCAAACAAAACUGAAAACAUUUUAAAAAAGUAUUUCGAUGUGUCGAUUUGUUAGGUAUGGUAUUUCAAAAUGCGUCUGGCACAGGUCCCAUGAAAACCAAACAAAAUUAAAAACCAAAACAACAUUAAGUCUGCCUUGUCAAAGAGCAUGUAUUACAUUGGUUUACAGCAAACUUAAUUCUGCUUCAUUGCUAAUCAAGGUUGGGCAGUUUGAAGGUAUCUUCCAUGCUUACGUUGUGCACUCCUCCACUCAAUCUUUCCAUCCUCACCUUCAGUUUCAAAAUCACAUAUUGUCAAUGGAGUGUCACUAAUGAGAAUGCUAGCCGCAAUUCGCAGCAAAGCAUCGUUUGCAGUUUUGACUGUAUGCAGAUAGGCAAACUACUUGACAUUAUCAGAUUAGGGCUGAUGGAACAAUAGCUGUAAUUUUGCUUCAGAAGCACAGAAUGCCCCUGCAGAAGUGGAGGGAGAAGGUAUGGCACAGUAGAUGAGCAAUUGAGCUGCAUCAAGGUGCUGAUCUUUCUAAGGGAUGUGGAGUAUUUAAAACUGUCUAGACUAAAGGUACUGUUGCCUUAAAUACAGCAGGACAUCUUAACAAGCAGUAGACUUCAAGUAUUCAAGGAGUCAGACCUCUACUUCCUUAUAUCAAGUUGUACAGAUGGUAGAAAAAACCUGUGGUUCUGUUUAAUAUUUUUGUUAAAUGUGAAGAUUCCCUUUCCCCAAUUCAUUUGUAUACAGAGGAUACACUGAAAGGUGUUGGUAAGUAAUGAGUAUUAGAUGCUUAUGUCUUGAUACUUUUGUUGAAAUAUUUGAAGAAAUGGGUCAGUUGGAACUAGUUAUAUGAACACAGAGAUAGGAUUUUGUGUUUGCUGCCAGAAUCUCCAGUACCUGAACAGUUUUGGGAGUGAGAAGUUGGUAAGGGUCAGUCCAUUCAGGAGAUUAUGCUCUGCUUGCAUAAGGGGUGAUAAAUUGAAAUGUGAUGCAAUGAAAUGAUGCAGCUAGAUAAUUUGCAAUUUUGGAGUUUUAACAGAGUUCACAGAAAAUAUUCAAUUUAUAGCCUCAUAUGUCUUUGUAGCUUGGGAUUAGUCAGUCUUGUGAGCAAAGAUCUGCCCAAUUCUCAGCUGUGUGGCCCUGCUGUUAACGGGGCAGAUUUAGCUCUGGAUUGAAAUCACUUUCAAUUUUAUUAAUUGGGCACUGUAUCUGCUAUGUUCUGCUACUGUGGUUUUAUUUAAGACUAGUUUUAAUUGUAAACCACCCUGCUGGGCUCCUCUAGGAGAGCAGUAUAGAAAUUGCAGUAGUGUUUUUGAUGUUGUUGUUAUUUUGAAAUGCGGGUGUUUCUUUUGACUGAUUUCACAGGGUUGAAUUGGAAUACUGUUGAUCACUUAGUAUGUUCUUGCAUGCUGUGUAGGGAAGAGGUAAAAGCCUAUAUUCCAAUGAUGUGCAAGCACUUGAAGCCAUGUCCAGUUCCCCUCAAUCAGCAGUCCUCAUCCAUGCCCUAAAAGCCACAUGCUGUUUACAUAUUUCAUAAUGUCACAGGAAUUGGUAUGAGAACUGCUAAAAAUAAAAAACCCUCACAAAAUCAACAUAACACUAGAGGUGUUUCUGUUUUAGGGUUUGCAAUCGUUUUUAUCUGUGGAAGGAAAAAAAGGCAACUCAGAGGCUAAAAAUAGGUAAUGUUAAAAAGAAACCCUCUAAACUCAUAAACCUAGUGAUCUUCACGACUACUGAAAGAUACAGCAUUAACAUAGCGGUUGCAAGAAGUGUUAAGUGCAAGUUUAUUGUUCCAUGACUAAUUCAUUCCAUAACACAUGAAAAAAAUGCACUCAGUGGAGCAUUUUGUUAUGGGCUGUAUACGCUUAAUGUCACAAUGACAUAGGGAGCUUAACAACAAAAGAGUUAGUGGUAUCUGCCACUAGGCUUUGGCAACUGCUUUGACAGGUACUAAUAUUCGAUAUUGGGCAUCUUAAUUGUUUUACAUUUAAUUGUUCAUAAUUAUAUGGUAACAUAUUACACAUGUAGAUAACAAUAACUUUCCUUACAAGGGUGUUUUAAGGUUCAGAUAUGAGCACAUGAAGUGCUUAGCACACUUAGCUCAGCAGUGGGGGGGUAUGCCUCAUCAAAAUUCACAGGGUAUGUGUACUAAACAUACGUUAAGGUUUGCAUAUGAUUAGAAUAAUACAUCUUCUUGACUUCUUGUUAUAGCAUAAGCCUCAGCAGGCUGUAUGAAAGAAAAAAAUUGCAGUAAGAAUUGCAAGGGAACUUUUAGGUUACAAAGGAAGAAUGACGUGACUGGUUUGCUCUGCCAGUUUCUAAUGUCUAAUGCAGGUUUCAUAGGCACAAUCAGCUGAAUUCCUUAGCAAACCAAUGUGCAAUAUUAAUAAAAAGCCCAUACAUAUAUUGAAAAUGUUCUUACUAGGGCAUAGAUACUGUUGCGAAGAGUUGGCAGGCGUGUAAACACAGCAUCUGUCUGAGGCUCAUUAAAGCAGCCAUGUCUGUUUCCAGGUUUAGGCCACUGCAGAUGUCUCUCCCAAAGCUUUCCCACUGCAGCUGGGUGAACUGGGAAACAGAUACAGCUGCUUUCACGCUCCUGAGAGUUCUAUAAGUUCUGAAGUACCUCUUCUAGACUGAAUCCGAACCACUGUACAGCCUUCCAUGACAAAUUCUUCCUCAUGCUCUUGGGGGAGGAUGGUGGGGCAGGCAUUAAUAGGAUCAAUUUUGGAGGACAGGAAUACUGGAAUUAAAGCUUAACAUUACUACAGUUACUGCUACAACUGAUUGGGUCACACAAUUACUGUUCAUUUUAAAUCUGAUUCAUGGAGCUUAUUAUAAUUUUUUUUGUUAUUUUGCAACACUAUGCUGAUUAAAAUGACAGUUAAUAUUCAGUUAACUUAAAGCUUCUGAUCUUAUUAUUCAAAUCAUCCAUAGGCACACAAUACGUAACAGAACAAAAUUCAGAAGUGUUUUAGCAAUGGAUAAUUUGGAUAAUGGAUAAUUAAACUGAACAAUCAGCAUUUACGAAUUUAUUUUUACACUGUGGUGCUGUUCUUAUUUGACGUUUGCUACUAAUAAGUUAUAUAAAAUGGAGUAUUUAACUGGUGUUUAAUUGUGCUACACUGUGUAUGUAUUAAACCAGGAUUUUUAGACUGCAUAUAUGCCUUAGAUUUCAUCAUACUACUAUGAAGCAGUUUGGAUUUCCAAGUGCCAAAGGAAGUUCUCAUGUGUAUUUGUAAAACUUUCCUUUUAAAUAAACAAUAUACAUUAA